AUGCUCACUCGUCUCGUGCCGGAAUACGGAGUUUUCAGACAACUCAACGCCUCAAUUUAUUACCCGGAUGUUCAAGCAAGGGUUUUUAGAAUAGUACGCGACACUUCAAGACAGAUUUACAGCAAGCAGAUUGCAUCAUGGACAAUUGCCAACAAAGUCAAACUACUUUAUGGUAAGUUUGAUGUCGACAUAAGAAGUACAACGGAAUACCGCGUUGUUACAGCACAGCAGCCACCAUUUAUACAACUGAGCGGCAAUCCCGAAAAACCAUACGAGGGUGUCUGCAUUGAUCUCCUCGAAGAGAUUAGCAAAGAGGUCGUUGGUUUGCGAAUUUAG